AUGAGCAUUACAGAACAGAGAGAAGGCGACCGUGUCAGAGGAGACCUCCCAGCACAGAUUCUGUGGGAAAGUGAGGAGGAAACCCGAGAGCCCCAAAUUCGUUCUCCCAGGUGUACGAGGACAAAGGAAGCCCCCACUAGCCAAGUUGGCAAGACAUCACGUCCACUCUACAGGUCGGAGGUGAAAGGUCACGCUGCUAUUUGGCGGCCAUUUCUCUGGAAGCUACGCGGCUGGGGACCCUGCUGUGGCUACUCCAGUCACGAGGGUCGGACGACAGCUGGGUCGGCGGCGAGUAGCCUGCAGCAUUUGCACACUACUGCAGCAGUAGUCGCGAUGAGUUUGCCCCUCAAUCCCAAACCUUUCCUCAAUGGAUUAACAGGAAAGCCAGUAAUGGUGAAGCUUAAGUGGGGAAUGGAGUACAAAGGCUACCUGGUGUCUGUAGAUGGCUAUAUGAACAUGCAGCUUGCAAACACAGAAGAAUACAUAGAUGGAGCAUUAUCUGGACAUCUGGGUGAAGUUUUAAUAAGGUGUAAUAAUGUCCUUUAUAUCAGGGGUGUUGAAGAAGAAGAAGAAGAUGGGGAAAUGAGAGAAUAGCAUCUUUCGGGGGGAAUUUUUUUUAUAUAUAUUUGUAGACAAUAAAGAUUUGUUUGUUUUUCAACUUGA